CCCGUUCCUUCAGAUCAAUAAAGAGAAACCCCCAUUCCUCCUCGGAACGGAAUCGGAACGUAUCCGACUAUUUAAUUUUAUCGGUGUCCUGCCGAUAAUUCCACCGUUGGCCGAGGCGGUGACACUCCAUUGUCCCGCCAAGGCCUCCUAACAUAAUUGUAUUAGUGAUAUUCAUAGUCUUUCAAAGUUAUUGCAUUUCUUUGUACUGUUUAUAUAUAUAUAAUCACCAUUUAAAGGAAAAAAAAAAAUGGGAGAGCCACAGUCUAAUACAAAAUCUAUGUCAUCGUCGGCCAUUUCUUCCUCGGAGUCCGAAACAGAGGAGUUGGAGCGUCUAGAACACGCCCCGCCUUUUUGGAGGAAUCAGAAGAGGUUGUCAAAGCAGCUGUCAAUGUGUGAGACUCCUCGGGAUAUUGCAUGGGAGAGGCGGCGCCGCCAGAUUCUCAGGCAGGAGCGGAGGAAGAAUGGGAUAAAUGACGGCGAUGACUUGACGGACGAGGAUCUUAGUGAGCUCAAAGGGUGCAUAGAGCUAGGGUUCGGGUUCAACGAAGAGGAUGGACAAAGGCUGUGCAACACGUUGCCUGCGCUUGACCUGUAUUUUGCGGUGCACAGGCUUUCAACCAGCCCAGUCUCAACCCCCAACAGUAGUGGUUCGUCGUCGUCGAUGUCACUCGGAGGAGGCCGGUCCUCGCCGUUCGGAAGCCCUCUCAGUGAGUCUGAUGCGUUGAAGAUUUGCAAUCCAGGUGACAAUCCCCAACAGGUGAAGACAAAGUUGAGGCAUUGGGCUCAAGCAGUGGCUUGUUCGUUGAGGCAGUCCUAUUGAAGGGUGAAUCCAUUGUACAGAACGAUGGAAAGAAGAGACACACAAAGAGAAAUUGUGCGUGGGAGUACCGAAUUCACGUCUUGGAAUUUAAAUUCGACGAUAUUCAAUUUAAAAUUUGGAAAAAAAAAAUUCUUUUAAAUUUAAAUUUCAAAUGACUGAUUCGGUACUUCUAAACAUACUUAUAAAUGUACUUGGUGCCAACAUAAAUGGUGCAUGCAACGUUCCAGCCACUUGCCAUGAAGGCGAUGGAGCCGACUGACUCCAUUGAUCUGAAGAGAGCUUUGUCCAAGUAUUUUGGUUGCUUAUGCUUGGAUUUUUCUCACAAUUUGUUUUGACAGAUGUAAUUUAAUCAAAUUUAGUGCCCUCUGAAACACAAACAAAUCUCAAGAAUUGUUAACAUGAACAAAUCUCAAUUUAUUUCUUGGAUGGUACCCAAAAAUAGAAAGGCUUGCUGGCUUCAACACC